UAUGCCUUCAUUUUUUCGGCUGAUUAGGGUAAUAUCAUUAAAAAAAUGUGUUUCUAGGUUGUGACAGAGACAUGUACUCUAUGCAACGAUUUUAGUGGUCUCUUCCUGCUUGCUCGGACAGUGACUCUGACUGGUAUUAUUGAUCCCAAUGGCUGCCUAUCUGCAUGGAAUUGGCAGGCGCGACUUAGGGAGUUGCUCCGAAGAAGCAGAGACGUUGCCGCAUCUAUUAUUUGGGUGCAGGCCAAGACGGUGGCAGCGGGAGGUUCUCUAUAAGGGCCUGCCUAGAAACCAAUGCUGGCGGGUCCUCAGAGGUCAAAGAUACCCCGAGGCAUGCAUAUUGGCAGGCCCUAGGGUCAUUAAGGCCUCAGGGCCCUUAGGAGAUAAGGGUAAGAGCCUUGGGCGGCAUGUUUCUGUCGGGCGGCGCCCGUACGUUUUGCCUCCUGGGAGAGAGGCCGUGGCCCCGCGAACCCCUAUAGGGCCCCCGAAGCCCUUGUGCAGAUAAGCGACUUGGGCCAAGGAAAUCGUAAGACGCCCACUAAAACGAGACUAACAUGGCCUAGAGGUGGGUGUGGUCGUAAAGUUAUGAAUAAAGAUAUAAGUAAAUUUGUUAAGUAGUAGCAAUAAAUAAUCU